UACCUCUGUGAAAGCGUACUCAACCUGAUUUCUUUUUCGCUUCAUUGUUUUUCCAAAUGCGAGCAAUUCACCGCCUCCUGGUCUCCCUCUGUGCCUGGACUCGCCUACUUCUUCUUCACUCCUCUUCACUUUUAGGCACGCUAAACUUAACUGGCAGAGGGCGACAAAGAGACACCAGAUUUUAAUGUAACACCGCACGAGGAAUGGGAGCUCGUAAGCUAAAAAUACCACAAAAUAAAUGAUUCCCCAGCCGAGGACUAACAUGGAGUGUAGCGUCUUAAGAGGCUACGGCGUGGACGAGCACAAUUUGGGUGCAGACUACGUGUGUUCUGAUACAACAUCCAUUGAAUGAGGUGAAAAAACUCAGUUUAUUGAUGGUGUGCUAAAUAACAAGCUCUCCAUGCCUGCCAGUUUACCCAAGUCUUCCAGCUCUAAAAGAUGGAGUGUGGUGUCAUUUGUGAAGUCAUAUUAGUGAUGUAGUGUUCCUGAUGCCAUGUGAAAGAUGAGUAUCCUGAUCACUCUUCGAAAUGUGCUACUGGCACUGAGUCUCAUGCUGGUCCUGGGAUUCCUGUACUAUUCAUCAGGGAAACUGCAUAUGCGAGGAUGGGGUCAGGAAACAUAUUCUGAUGGUGAUCACUUGUUCUCUGCGGGACGAACAUUAGGCACAGUGUAUGACAAACAGGGUUUUCUGGUGAAACUGGAUGGAAAACUUCCACUGGAGCUAACUUACAAAUAUGGAAACCUCAGUGAAGGAGCCUGCAAGCCUGGUUAUGCGGCAGCUAAGAUGAUGUCAAUAUAUCCUAGGUUCUCCAAACCAGCUGUAAUGUUUCUUGAUAGAAACUUUAGACGUCUGGGAAAAAUAAGUAAUUUUGUUCCUCCUUUUGGUAUUAAAACACAGGAAAAAAUUAUUGACAGUAUUUUGGAACAAACCAAACAUUAUAAAUUGACUCCAUCUCUGGACAGUUUGAGCUGUAAAAGAUGUAUAAUUGUUGGAAAUGGAGGGAUCCUUGCUAACAAGUCUCUUGGAACCAAGAUUGAUGAGUAUGAUAUUGUCAUACGGCUGAAUGAGGCUCCAGUGGUUGGAUUUGAGAAGGAUGUCGGCAAAAAGACAACAAUUAGGAUCACCUAUCCUGAGGGGGCGUUUCAGAAUCCAGAUCGAUAUGAAAAGGACUCCCUUUUUGUCUUUUCUGCUUUUAAACCCCUUGACUUCAAGUGGCUGAAACAGGUUAUCAACAAAGAAAAGCUGCGUGUGACAGAUGGCUUCUGGAAGUCAGUAGCUAUGCAGGUUCCUAAAGUGCCCAGUGAGGUUCGCAUUUUGAACCCUUAUUUCAUCCAAGAGGCUGCUUUUCACUUCAUCGGACUGCCACUGAACAAUGGAAUCAUGGGACGAGGGGUAUGUGAGGGAAUAUACCCAACAUUGGGCACUGUUGCAAUAACUAUGAGUCUUCAUAACUGUGAUGAAGUGGCAGUAGCUGGAUUUGGUUAUGACAUGAACAACCCUUUUGCUCUUAUGCACUACUAUGAAAAUGUCAAAAAUGUCACCAUUAAAGAGUCAUGGACCCACAACAUCCCAAAGGAGAAGGAGUUUCUCAAAAAACUUGUAAAGGCCAAAGUCAUCACAGAUCUUACAAAUGGAAUUUGAUUCUUCUACAAAAAAACAACAAAAAAAAAAAAAACUCCUUUCUUGAUGGAGAUUGGCUUGCAUGAAGAAACAUGCAGAGAGUAACUUUUAUUUUAACUUUGUGGUGCCUAGAAAAGACAAACUGGAAAGUCAGACCAGCCAUGCAUUUUACUGGAACUCUCAGAGCCCAGUGGAUUUUACUUUUAGUACUCAAUUUUAGGCCGAUGCAACUGGAAGUAGGUUGGUGGUGAGGGACCGUAAAGGCUUUUAUCUUUAAGACUUAAGUAUUUAAUUAUUAUUUAAAUAUGAAAAAUAAAUCCACAAUACUGUUGGAUGUGCCAAAUGUACCUCUGGAGAUGAUGCCCUCCAGAAUUUGCUUGAAUGUAUAUGUAGAAAAAAUAAUUAUGGUAUUCAUUUGUUCAUCUAAACAGUACAUGUAUGUCUUGAUUUAUUAUAUAUAUAUAUAUAUAUAUAUAUAUAUAUAUAUAUAUAUAAUAUAAUAUAAAUAUAAUAUAGAAUGUUUAUUUUUUUAUGUGUGUGUGUGCGAGUGGUGCCCUUUUGGAACUACUAAUAUGGGUGUGUCUCUGUCCAGGCAUCAACGAACAUUCCCUGCUGCUAUUAUUAAAAGGGCCAAGUGCACUCUUUUAUGUUCAUUUUGUUUUUAAAAGUAUCUCCCAGUCCUGAUCAUUCUCUCUACUCUCUAAGAAGGCAAUCUUUGUUCUAGAUGCAAUCCACCGACUUUUGUGAAGGCUGAUAUUUUAUUAAAUUUGAAUGGUCAGGUUUUACAAGAAUAAGCUGAAGAACUAAAUGAAGGAGAUGGACAAGAUGUGGAGCAAAGCAGAUCAUGUGUUUUGGUAACUGUAACCUCACUAACCCCACCACCAACACGAUCCAUCUACUUCCCAUGCUUUCAUACUCUAGCCAUGCUGAAGUCUUUGAAAACCAGUACCAAUAUGAAUGCAAAUCAGUAUUAUUCUGAAAAAGAUGGAAAAGAGAAAACUAUUUAUUUUAGAAAACAAAAAGAAGGUAGCCAAGCAGACUUGGUGUAGGAGCUAUUAUUGUUCAAGAACAAGUCAUUCGCUGUAUCCUGCCAUGACCUGAGCCAUCAGUUUUGAAGAAUACAAGAUCCUGGUGUUGUCAUGGGUCAGACACCAAGCUGCUGUUUGUGAGUGACAAGAGACUGGAUGAUCUGGACCAGAGGGGAAAUGAACAGUAGAACUGUAAACACAGAUACAUUUUUUUUCUUUUUCUUAUUUGUUCCAUUGUGCUUGAAGAGGAUGUUGGGAACCAAGAAUGAUUACAGUAAACUAUAUUAUAAUGUAUUAAAAGACUUUUUAACAUUAGAAGGGUUACCUCAGGAGGAGAUUGAGGUUUUUUGUCUUUAUUUUGCCAGAAUACUCUGAUUAAGUAAUAACUGGGUUUCUUUGCACAAAUUUUGCACAAAAUAUAAAUUCAUGGGUUUAUUAUUUGUUUUAGUCAGAUUUUAAAGGAAUAUCUGUUUGCCUAGCAGAGCUGUUUUGCUUACGUACGUGCAUGAUGUCUCAUCUUAACCCUAAAUGGGCAAUUCAUUUUUUUUUAUGUUUGUAUUAUUUUAGAAACUGAAAAAUAAAGUAUAGAAUACAUUUGAAAGAGGAUGAUAACAUCUAAAGGAGAUCAUUAGGACUCUGGAAGGACUUGCCCUGUGGAUUGUUUUAUCGAAGUUGAGACUUAAACUUACUUGAAUUUACUAGAGUAGAGCAGCUGCCAUGAGGUGAUGAGAAAAGAAGAUAUCCCAAGAGGAAGCCAGUUCACAAAGCUAAAUGAAAUUACGAAAAAUGCUCAGCUUUUUUUGAAAUGCAAUUCAUUUGGGUUCAUGAGAUUACUGAAGAAUUUGUAGGCAAAGCUUUGUAGGCAUCUGUUAUUCACAAUCAUGUCAUGUCAUUUUUUUAACCCUCUUAGUCCAGGCCACGGUUGUGGGGUGGCUAGAGCUCAUCCCAGCUAACAUAGGACACAAGGCAAGAACAAACCGUGGACAGGACACCAGUCCAUCGCAGGCAGAACACACAGACAUGCACCACACACACACAAGGUCUAAUUUAGUGCUGCCAGUUCAUCUAACUAGCAUGUUUUUGGACUCUGGAAGGACAGCAGAGCACGCAGAGGAAAACCUACGCAAACACAGGGAGAAUAUGCAUACUCCCACACAUGAAGGAUCGGGGACACGAACCUUGGUCUCCUUACUGUGAAGCAGCAGCCCUGGUUAUUCACAGUAGAUGGAAAAAAGUAAAAAGCUUACUGUAGAUUAACUUAACAAUAACAGUUUGACUUUUUAUAUUGUAGCUAAAGGGAUCUCCAGAAUGUGACUGUUUAAAAGUUUUAAUAGUUACACUGGUUCUUGGGAAACCUGACAAUCUAGUAAUUAGUAGACUAAUUCUGUGUAGAGUUUACUAUUUCUCCCCAUAUCCCUGUGGUGUUCUUUGGGUACUCCAUUCCGAAGACAUGUAGGACAGGGUGCCAGGUGGGAGGGAGGGAAGGAGUGAGUCUGUGUGCGCAGCCAAUGAUUCGUGCCCAGGACUGUAAUGGAGUCCAGAAAAUACUACUUUAAGUAAUAUUUUUCUCACCUCGAACAAGCAGAAUGAAUGAACGAACUUUUUAAGGAAUCAUGUAGGCAUCGUCUAAAUCUAAUCUGAAGCACCAGCAUUUUUGUGUAAGGCAGCGAGGCUGAGCGUGGAACAUUAAAAGUCAUUGUUUCUCCCAGAAUAAGAUGUGAAAGGAGAUGGAUAAGUGAUGGCCCAUUAAAAGACAAAAUUGAAGCAAUACCAUGAGAACACAUCUAUUCUAUAACGGCCCCUGACACCAGUAUCAGCAUGUUCUCUUUGUGUGAAGUCCUGUUAAAAUACUGCUUUCUUAUGGUGGGUUAUUGUUCUUACUUGAGCUGAUAUACAGCCGCAAUCUUUUCAUUUCUACAUAUAUUUUUUAAGAACAUUUAGCCUUUAUUUGCUGUUUCUACUCUCAUGUUUUACUCCUGGAUUUUGUUCAGUUUUUACUUUUAAUGUAGGUGUCAUCAUCUUAAGGAAUAAAGGCUACAGUGAGCAUUUAAUGUUUUUUUUAGAAGACAACUCUAUAUUAGAUGUUUACAGUACCAGAAGUCAUGUAAAAUAAACUGCUGAAAUGAGAA